AUGACGUCAAAGAAGAGCUCAGUAAAGGUGCACGAUGAAAAAGUUGUGCCCUUUCCGAAAGCUCUAUCUGAGCUGCAGCAAGUGGCCCAGCUGACCUUCAAGGUUGACAAGAUGAAGCUUUGGCACCAUGGUGAGCAUGAGAUCAAGUUUUCAAAGGAUUAUGACAGAGUCAGAGAUGGUGACUUGGUCGAGGUGUGGACCAACAAGCGCUCUCCUUUCCCUAACCUGGGAUCACCGCUGAUGCAAUCCACUCUUCACGCAGACUUCGUGCAUCAUUCGUCUUUCAUGCCACCGCCCAAAGCUAAGAAGGAUGACGGAUCUGUUUUGACAGAGGACCAGAUGAAUGGCAAGUUCGAGGGUGCAACGAUAUACAAGGAAGACUAUACCGAAAAGCCUUUGUCAGCAAGGCUCAAUCAUGGAAGUGGAGGGCCAAACUAUGCCCACCAUUUCCUGCACCAUGCUGGCAACAACAAGUUUGCAACCACCUACACGGAUCAUUACGUUCGCCACAAUCUGGACGACAAGACCGGCCCGAAUGUCGACAUUCGUUCAUCAACCCUGACAUCAAUGUCUAAGGGGCGUCGGUUCAGUGCGACCAGCAGUUAUGACAAAGACUUCAACAAGGCCUCUGAUCGGCCGACCAAGAUUCCAGAUAGACACACAGGCAUUGGCAAUGACUCAACAUUGACGAAUGCCGUCAGAAAAUGCCCGUUCGAAGCAGAAAGCAUAUAUCAGGAGUCUUACUUGGAGCACCCAUUCUGCAAGGAGCCAGGUGUCAAACCUAUGGGAGCAGCCCGUGGCAAGCAUGCUUUCAAGGGCAACUCUGAGUACAAGGAACAGUACUACAAGAAAGGGCUAGCACCCAGACUUCGUUUGAGGCAUCAUGAGCAGUGGGAGUUCUAA